AUGGAUUCAAAAGUCGUUCUGAAGGACAAAAAUCCUCAUGAUAAAGCUAAUAUUUUCUCGAAAACAUUUUUAUGGUGGAGUUUUGGUCUCUUUCGUAAAGGAUAUAAGCAAGGCCUAACAAUAGAAGAUCUGUUUCAAGCGCGUGAUAGCGAUCGCUCAGGGCGACUCGGCGAUCGCUUGGAAGAAGCGUGGCAAAAAGAAAUUGAUAACGCUCGUCACAAAGACUCAAAGCCUUCCCUUGCGAAAGCUAUAAUAAGGUCCUUUUGGCUUGAAUACAUGAUAUGUGGGUUUUUCAUUGGCAUACUAUUUAUUAUUUUAUGGCCAUUAAUUCCUUACACGCUGGCAUUAUUUAUUGGAUAUUUUUCCGAUGAAAAGACUCCAGAAAAUUACAGAAAUGCUCAUAUUAAUAACUUUCUUAUGAAUUUCUUAAGUAUUUCAACAUCCAUCAUGUUGAGUCAUCUACAAUUAACUCAAUAUUGUAUUGGAAUGAGAGUAAGAAUUGCUUGCUGCUCUUUACUGUAUAGAAAGAUAUUGAAACUCAGUUGUUCGGGCCUGGGCAAAACUGAGCCCGGACAGGUGAUAAAUUUAAUGUCAAACGACGUUCACCGCUUUGAUGUAGCAGCUCAAUUUUUGCACUAUUUAUGGGUUAUGCCGAUCGUGGUACCAGUAGUAUCGUAUCUCGUGUGGCAGCAUGUUGGACUGGCCACGCUAGCAGCGCUUGCCGUUAUAUUUCUUCAGACUGUUGUUGUUCAAGCAUACUUAAGUAACCUUCAAGGCAAAUUUAGAGGCAAGAUUGCUAAACGAACUGAUGAAAGAGUUAAAGUGAUGAGUGAACUCGUGAACGGAGUCCAAGUCAUAAAGAUGUACGCUUGGGAGAAACCCUUUGAGAAGUUGGUGGAUAAACUAAGAAGAUUAGAAGUGAGAUACAUAUUGAAGACUUCUUUUAUUAAAGGGUUCUCAACUGCACUGAGUGUUUUCUCGGAGCGUUUCAUCCUAUUCGCAGCAGUCGUAACAUUCGUAUUGAUGGGCGGUAAUAUACGAGCCGAAAUAACAUUUUCUCUAGUGCAAUACUUCAAUCUUUUGCAACUUGCCUGCAACAUAUUUUUUCCUCUGGCUCUUACAUUUUUGGCGGAAUCAAAGGUCUCCGUUCGAAGAUUAGAGGAAUUCCUCUCGUUGGAUGAAUUAAAAUCACAUAAAGCUAAGGAGCUUUAUCACCUUAAUUCUAAAAACCUUCUAACCAAUGGCAUGGAUAAAGAAAACCAAUCAGAGAAGAACAAACCAAAUCCAACAGGGUUGAUACUGACCAACGUUAGUGCCAGUUGGUCGCAGAAUCCUAUCGUAGAUACUCUGAGAAAUAUAACGUUGAAUGUAAAACCCGGAGAGUUUGUAGGUGUCGCCGGACAUGUUGGAUCAGGAAAGUCAAGCCUGUUGCAACUAAUUCUGGGUGAGUUAGAACCAUUGCACGGGACCAUAUGUUUGGGCGGUGCGCGAAUAUCGUACGCAAGCCAGGAGCCGUGGCUAUUCGUUGCUACUGUGCGUCAGAAUAUUCUGUUUGGACUGCCCUACGAUCGCGUGCGUUACAAAAAGGUAGUUUCGGCAUGUGCAUUACUUCGUGAUUUUGAGUUGCUGCCGGCUGGUGACGCAACAUUGGUGGGUGAACGAGGCAUCAGCUUGAGUGGAGGCCAACGUGCCCGUAUUGGUCUAGCCCGAGCUUGCUACAGACAGGCAGAUCUAUACCUUUUGGACGACCCGUUGUCGGCCGUGGACACGCGUGUGGGCAAACACCUAAUGUCUGAGUGCAUCACAGGCCUCCUGCGGAACACCACACGCAUCCUAGUAACUCAUCAGCUACAUCAUCUUAAAGCAGCCGACAAUCUCAUAAUUCUACGUAACGGAGAAAUUGAAACUCAAGGCACCUUUGAAGAAGUGUCCAGCUCACCGUUAUUCGAACAACUGCUAGAGGAAGAUGAGCAACUUGAAGUUGAAGAUGAUAACACCGCGAAGGGGCGCACACAACUUAUCCGACAGCGUGCUAUGUCUAUAAAGCGCAUCGUUACCAUCACCAGCAAUAUUUUUUUUAUUCAGUCUCACACCAGUGUCAAUAGUACGGUUGCAGAAUAUGGCAAUGAAAAUGAGGAAGAACCAGAAGAAACCGCCGAGCUUAUGGAAAAAGGGCGCGUAUCCGGCUCCGUGUACUUGAAGUACUUCCGUGCAGGCGGCGGAUGGGCGCUGCUAACUCUCACGCUGUUAUCCAUUUUACUGGCACAGAUUUUAACCUCCAUGAGCGACCUCUGGCUUACGCAUUGGAUGAACGACGUGGAUGCGAAACACUUACGAUUAGAAGACGAGAAAUUCAAUGCUAAUUACGCGAGCACGAACAACGAGACAAAUGUAUUCAAGGAGAUAACAGAGUCACUAAUCAUGGAUGAUAAAACUACUAACCCAAUUUCACCAACAACAAUGAAUCCAAACCUUACCGUCAUAGGCACAAUGGUUAAAACAGCACUAACUAUACAGAAUAUUACUUCGGGGGAGGAACCAUUCGAACAUUCUUAUUAUAUUUACAUUUGGACAAUCGCUAUACUUGGAUGCAUAUUGCUUACAAUUGAAAGAUCUCUGCUGUUUCUUUGGAUAUGCAUGCGCAGCUCUAUAAAGUUGCACAAUUUAAUGUUUAGUAACAUUCUCUCGGCCACAAUGCGCUUUUUUGACACUAACCCAUCAGGACGAAUUCUAAACCGAUUUUCCAAAGACAUGGGCAUUGUUGAUGAGAUAUUACCGAGAAUGUUCUUGGACAGUUUGCAGGUGUUUAUGGUGAUGCUGGGAAUUUUAGUAAUGGUGGCUAUAGUGAACCCGUACAUGUUGCUUACGACCGCUGUCUGCGGCGUGUUUAUGUACAUGUGGACUUUGGUCUACCUCAGCACAGCGCAAGCCAUUAAGCGAGUGGAAGGCGUGUCUCGAAGUCCCGUAUUCUCACACGUAUCGGCCAGCAUGGCGGGUUUGACCACAAUCCGCGCGAGUAAGGCUGAAGAGAUGCUCCGCAUACAGUUUGACGAAAAACAAGACGUGCACACGGCAGCAUGGUACUUGACACUAACAACAAACACCGCUUUCUCGAUAUGGUUAGGUCUUAUAUCGGCCGUCUAUGUUAUUGUUGUGGCCUAUACGUUCCUUUUAUUGGAUGACGGAACGACGAAGUCUGGUAACGUAGGGUUGGCACUGUCCCAAGGCUUAAUCCUAGUGAACAUGGUGCAAUUCGGCAUAAAGCAGGCGUCGGAGGUAGUAUCUCAGAUGACGAGCGUGGAGCGCGUGGUGCAGUUCACGUCGCUGCCGCAGGAGCAGGCGGACGGACCGGCUCCGCCGCCCGGCUGGCCGCAGCGGGCUCGACUCGUCUUCAAGGACCUUUACCUGCGUUACGACAUGGAGGCUGAACCGGUACUGAAGAAUCUAAACAUUGUCAUCGAGAGCGGUUGGAAGGUCGGUAUCGUGGGACGUACGGGAGCGGGUAAAUCAUCACUCAUAUCGGCUUUGUUUCGCCUGGCACCCAUUGACGGCCACGUAUACAUCGACGAUGUCGACACCGGCGAAAUUGCGCUCAAGGAGCUUAGAUCCAAGAUCGCCAUCAUUCCUCAGGAGCCGGUGUUAUUCUCCGCCAGCUUGCGAUACAACAUGGAUCCAUUUGACAAGUACACUGAUGCCGACAUAUGGCAGGCGUUAGAACAGGUGGAGUUGAAGCAGAGUGUGACGUCGUUAUCGGCGGCGGUGGCAGCGGGCGGCUCCAACUUCAGCGCGGGCCAGCGCCAGCUGCUGUGCCUGGCGCGCGCCGCGCUCGCGCGCAACCGCCUGCUCGUGCUCGACGAGGCCACCGCCAACGUCGACCCCAAUACCGAUGCCUUAAUCCAGAAAUCAAUACGCAAAUAUUUCGCCGAGUGCACAGUGAUAACAGUAGCUCAUCGACUGCACACUGUCGCCGACUCCGAUCGAGUCAUCGUCAUGGAAGCCGGUCAGAUUGUGGAAUCAGGUCAUCCACACGAGUUGCUACAGAAAAGUGACGGCUACUUCACCCGCAUGGUGAAGCAAUUAAGCCCCGCCUCGGAGCAGAGUCUCCGGGAGCUAGCCAGCAACGCCUACGCGCAACACAUCAAAUACGUGGACGCCGACGAACAAGGCCAAUCUUAA